CUCGUCGUCCUCCUCCCGGCAAUUGGACGCCGGACACAGGGCUCCAGCUCCUGGACCCCAAUCCCUUUGCCCUGAGCUCCCUGGGGGCUUUCUGUGGACUUCCUUGCUCACCCAGCUCCCCUGCUACCCCAGACCUCCUCAGCUACAGGUGGCUGGUUCCCUGCCGCCGGCAGCCAUGAAGUCCCGGCUUUUGCUUUCUGUGGCCCACCUGCCCACGAUUCGGGAGGCCUCGGAGGAGAUGCUGCCUGGUGGGUCUGGAGAGGAACCCCCGGCCUCCCCCAGCCUGGAUGACUACGUGAAGUCCAUCUGUCAGCUGGCACAACCCACCUCAAUGCUGGACGAGGCUGCAGCCAGGGUCCAACCCAGCAGACCCCACCGGCCGGCCCGUUCCCGCGAGAAGAGCUGCUCCACGGGGUCCCUACAGGACAUCACCACCCGCUUCAGCGGCCAGCAGCCUGCACUGCCUGGCACCGGCACUGUGGACCCCCUGGACUGGCUCUUUGGGAAGUCUCAGGAAAAGCAGCCAAGCAGCAGGGACUUGCCAAGGAGGACUGGACCCUCUGCUGACCCCCGAGCUUCAUGCAGACAGAUGGACAGUGGCAAGACCCGGGGAGCCCCCAGAGGGAGGUUGAGUGAUGCCAGGGCUCCAGGGCACUCUCUACCGAGACCAUUGAGGGACUGGCACCAGUGCUCCCAGAUUUCCAUGAAACCUGGCCAGGAUGCAGCCUCCUCUACAAGCCCCCGCCCCAGCAGCAUCCUCAGAACUCUCUAUUUGCACCUCCCAGUGAUCCAUGAACUCUGACCCUUCCUCAAUAAAGGCUUCUGUAAAUAGCA